AUGGCUUCGGUUGCACGGGUUGUGAUGGCUUGGAUGGUGACCACAAGUGUCACAGUGUCUGGGGCCCCGCUGGCGGCCAGCGGCGCCCGCUUGCGAGUGAAGGCCGGAGGCAACGCCACGUGCCCGUGGCAGGUGUCGCUCCUGGACGCUGCUGGCGGCGACGGCGGACGCCAGCUCUGCAGCCGGGAACUGAGCAUCUCCUUCGGAGGAGAGCGUGUGGCGUAUGAAAACUGGAGUAGCAGGGGAGCACAGUCACCCUUCUGUGGGCAAAUCAACAACGACGUCUGGCUGCUCUCUGCCGAUUGCUCAGAAUGGAGAAUGUUUGUCUGCGAAUAUGACCUUCGGCCACGUACGUUAUCUGCCGCCCCAGCAUCUUUGCCUGUGCCUCUGCCCACUGCCAACUGCUCCGAGGUUAAGAGACAGCUACUGCGAGACAGAGGAUACGCACCUCUAGUCGGGUGGAACAAAACCUACGUCAAGGACAUGGGAGAGAUAAGUUCGUGGAAUGAAGCAAAGAUGAUUUGUGAAAAAGACGGCACCCAAAUGGUCACCAUAGAUUCUGACGAAAAAGCCGACGCUCUCUUUGCAUUCAUCGAGUCCUCAAAUAUUACCAUGGAUUUCUACAUCGGUGUCAAGACUGGACGCCCAGUUACAGUGCUAGGUAAGUAG